GCGCCUUUCCGCCCCGGAGUGGGGGUCCCGGGGGCCAGCGUGAAGCCCUUUGGAGGGGACAUAUCGGGUCCCCUGCCUUCCGACUGUCGCCUCUGAGUGUCUGCCCAGCGGGGGACGGUGGCUGUGAAGCCCCCCCAGCAGCAAUGGAUCCCCCCUGCCUGCCCUGGCUGCAGAGUUUGGCCAAGCCCUGUCGCCUCCUGCUCCACAUCCUCUCCUCGGGCCCCGCUGGGACUCUGGCUGCCCUCCGAAUGCUGCAGCGGGGCCAGGUCCCUGGGGCACCAGGGCAGGAAUUUCCCUGGCAGACCUUCACCACGGUCCUGUGUGCCCAGGAGCCCACGCUGGAGGGGCCAGAGGGGGCCCUGGCUGUCAAACCACGGCUUCUGCUGCUCCCCAUCGUGUGCCAGAGGAACCUCUUCUCUUUGCUGCACAUUGUACAAGCCAUGGUGCCAGGGGGCUGUCUUGGCCAGCUGCUCCAAGCUGUGGAGCUCCAGGAUCCCCAGGUGGAUCCCUGGGUGCAGACCCUGGGAGCUCUGCUCCGGCAGGGACUGCGGGGAAAGGAGCAUCCCCCACCUCCUGCUCCUCUGUCUGCUGGGUGCCAGCAGCAGCUUAGGAGCCUGUGCCAGAAAGUUGCCCAGCACAAACCAGAGGGGCGAAGAAAACUGAACUGGUGCUUCAGGCAGCAAGAUGAGGCUGCUGGGGAUGUGGCUGACUCUGAGCUUCGAGGUGGGAAGCGCAAGAAAGUGUCAGAGGAGAGCUUGGAGCUGGAUGAGGAAAGAGAGGGGAAAAGGUUGCUGCUGGAGAAGGAAGAGGACGAGGAGGAAGAGGAGGCAUGUGGUCCCCCAGGAACCCAGGAGGCUGGAGAUGGAGCAAGGGUAGAAGAGGAGGUGCCUGGUGUGACUUCGGGGGACAGACCUGCUCAGAGCCCAGCUGGAGCUGCUCUGGGAAGCUCCCAGCAGGAUGAGUCUGGGGAGCCCAGGAAGGUUUCCCAGGCAGAGCUGGCAGCAGAGAUCGAGUCCUUUCUCCAGGUGCAUGGACCAAGGCUGAAACUGCUGCUGCAGAAGGAGACCAAUUGCUCAGAGAUGAGCAUCCCUCCAGAGCUGCACAUUCUGAACAACUGUUCUCCCAGCCAGCUCCAGGGGCUGUGCUCCUUCCUUAAGCUCUCCACCUGCCCUGAGCAUCUCCUGCUGCGUUUCUGUGCCUGGCUGCUGGCUCUCACCCCCAACCUCAGCUACAGCAGUGCAGCCAUCCUGGCAGAGCAGCUUUUUCUCAGACGAGUUCUGGCCCUUACCCAGCCACCCUCCAGACACCUGAUGGCUGCCCUGGUUUCCUUUUGCUCCAAGUAUUCCCAGCCCUUCUGUCGAGUCCUGGUAGCUGCAGUGCUGCAGGAGCAGGGGGAAGCAGGAGCUGAGCAGACCAAGCUGGUGUGUGAGCUUGUGGAGGAGUGCCUGGAGCCAGAGAGUGUGAACCUGGUGUUGAGCCAGGUCCUGGAGGUGCCUUUGUCAGAGAAUCUCCUGCUGGUGGUGCAGGCUGUGCUGGGGAGGCAGGAGGUGCUGCCCCCUGACCUCUUUGAUCUCCUGGUCCUCACUUUAUCCCAGCAGACCCCAACCCUCACCACAUCACCAAGUUAUGCCAAGCUGGUGGUGGCCUUGCUCACCAGGUACCAGAGCCAGGUCACCCCAGCACAGAGGAGGAGUUUGGCUGCUGCUCUGGGUGGCAGCAAUGCAGCUCUGAAGAAAUCACUGCAAGCUGUGCUGCAGGGAGCCAGGUGAGGUGAGCACCAAGGGGAUGCAAGGUGAUGGCUUCCUUGGGUGGGAGAUCUGGGUUAGAUCUGAUGGGAGCUGCAGCCCAGGCCCUCUGUGGGGUUCACCACCAGCUUGAUGGAGACCCAGCAAGUGUGGGCUGUGGGUAGGUGGAGCACCCAGGCCUUGCAGAGCUGCCUUGUGCUGGUUUUAAGUUGUUGCUGGUUUUGUCACUGGGUGAUGUCACCUCAGCCCCAGGCAUGGCCCAAGGCUGGAAGGUGAGGGCUGUGUCACAUUUCUGGUUUGUCCCCAAGGUGCUGAUGGCACUUUCCAUUGCAAGGCUUUAGGGAUACACUAAUAAAAAAGUGUUUCUGCAGUGUGA